GUGUGAAUUAACCGCCACGGAAGUUGGAUUGAGGAAUUCAGGAAAGAGCAAAAAAAAAAUGGCGACUUGGAUAACGUUACAGCCUCCAAUUUCAUGUUAUUUACGGCUGAUGCCAUCAUCAGCGCCGUCGCCGGCUUCAUCCACGUCGCGUCGAAAACAACGUCGUCUCUUUAAGCCAUUUCGAUGCGUUCCACUUCAAGAACAAGAGCCUCAGCUCGAUCAGUCGCAGCAGGGAGACGACAAUGCUGUGAUUUUGUGUGAGGAUUGUAACGGGAAAGGAUGGUUGCUCUGCGAUUUCUGUAAAGGACAGAAAACAAAUGUGAAAUCUGAGAAUAAUCGAAUCUAUCGACGAUGUCCAACUUGUAAAGCUGUGGGAUUUGUGUUGUGUAGAAAAUGUAAAGUGUUCAAGUGUGUCACAUUUCCUAACUCAGAAGACGGCGAUGAACUUUUGUUCUAAGAGCUCCUUGUUCUAGCAACACUCUUCUUCUCCAACUAAGGACACCAUUUGAGUUUUCAGGUUCCUUUCUUUUUCCAAUUGUUAUAUAUAUAUAUUGUCUUUACUCAUAUGUAGCCAUAUGUAUAUGCACAUUGUAACAUUAAUCAGACUAGUGAAUAGUGAUUGCAUUGGCUUCUUUACUGAU